AUGAACGGGCUACGAACAGCGGCGACGAGGACGCCCACAAGUAAACAGGUUUCUCUGUCUUCAAUUACGAGGCCUUCAUCCAAUGGCUCCACCCUUCGUCGCCAGAUCGUUCAACAAAGUCGAAAUUUACAAUUUUCUACAGCAGGAUCUUCGAGAUCUGCGACUCUUUCAUAUCCUGCGCCUUUGCGAUCACGGUUCCUUCCAGAAGAAAUUAGAUCUGUAGCAUGUCCAGCAUCCUCGCGGCAUUUCCAUGAAAGCUCGAGACUAGGCAAAGAAAAGAAGACAAAACCAGUAGAUCCAGCAGAUCCAGCAGCAAAGGAAGAAGCUACAGAAGAAGAGCCUAGCAAAAAGGAAUCUGCUAAAGACUCAGAAUCUACUUCCGGAGAGGAUAAGGCCAAGGAAGAAGGAGAGGGCAACAAAACUCCAUGGCAAGUCUUCACCGAAACCCUGCAAACCGAAUUCAAGGCAUCAAAAGAAUGGAAUGAAUCCACCAAGCAAUUGGCCGAAGGUGCCCAUCAAUUUACAGAGAAUGAAAAUGUCAAGCGUGCCAGACAAGCUUUCGAAAGUACCACUGGAGCCGUAACCUCGACAACAGGCAAAGUUUUAAAGACUACCGCAGGCGCCGUUGGAAAGGGAGCUGCUUGGACUUGGGAAACUCCAGUUGUGAAGGGUGUGAGAACUACCGUUAAUGCUACAGCCAAUGUACUUGACAAGGCGACACAACCAAUCCGACAAACGGAGGCAUAUAAGAAUGUUAAGAAUGUAAUUGAUGAUGGAAGUAGUUCAAGGUAUGGAGGAUGGGUUGAGAAAGAAGAGAGGCGGAAAGCAAGAGAGUUGCGGGAAUUGCAAGAAGGUGCCACCGGCAAAACCAAGGAGGUCCCAAUAGAAGAUCCAAACGCCGGAACAAAUGUCACCCUACACAAGGAUUCAGCAUACAAAGAGGCUUGGAGAGAUUUCCGUGACUCAAAUCGUGUCAUGCAAUCUUUAUUCUCCAUGAAAACCGUCUAUAACGAAUCCGAAAAUCCCUUGAUCUCAACUGCCCGCAGCAUAUCUGAUCGAGUUGCCGGUUUCUUCGCCGAAAACGAAACCGCCCAAGUAAUUAAGAAAUUCCGCGAAAUGGACCCCUCUUUCCAAAUGGAACCUUUCCUCCGCGAAAUGCGCGAAUACAUUCUCCCAGAAGUUCUCGAUGCCUAUGUAAAAGGCGAUACUGAAACUCUCAAACUCUGGCUGUCUGCAGCCCAAUUCUCCGUCUACGAUGCUCUUUCAAAACAAUACACAACUGCUGGUCUCAAAUCUGAUGGUCGCAUUCUCGAUAUCCGACAUGUUGAAGUCCUGUCGGCGAGAAUGUUGGAUAAUGAUAUUCCGGUCUUCAUCAUCACUUGCAGAACCCAAGAAGUUCACGUAUAUAGAAACGCAAAAACUAAUCAAUUAGCUGCCGGUAUGGAAGAUAAGGUACAAUUAGUCACAUAUGCGAUUGGUGUUACAAGAGUGGCGGAAGAUGUUAAUAAUCCAGAGACGAGAGGUUGGAGACUCAUUGAGUUGCAGAAGAGCGGAAGAGAUUACAUAUGA